GCCCCGGGCGCGGGCAGGGCGGCACUCGGAGAGCGGCGGGAGCCGGGCGGCCGCGUCGUCACUCGCGCGGCCGAGGGAGAGGCGGCGGCCGGGGCCGGGACAGCGGCGGCCGCGCGGGGCAUGGGGCUGGCAAGCCCGCGCUGAGGCAGGACUCGCUCUCCGCCGUCCGGCGCGCGGGCUCCCCGGCCGGGCCAGCCUAACUUUCUUUCUCUUUUGCCCUCUGCAGAGGCGCCUCGUGCGGCGGGCGGACCGAGUCCUCGGCGGGGCCGGGGCAGGCUGGACGCGGCAUGAUUCGCGCAGUGUGGGAGGCGCUGGCGGCGCUGGCGGCGGUGGCGUGCUUGGUGGGCGCGGUGCGCGGCGGGCCCGGGCUUAGCAUGUUCGCGGGCCAGGCGGCGCAGCCGGACCCCUGCUCGGACGAGAACGGCCACCCGCGCCGCUGCAUCCCAGACUUUGUCAACGCGGCCUUCGGCAAGGACGUGCGCGUGUCCAGCACUUGUGGCCGGCCCCCGGCGCGCUACUGCGUGGUGAGCGAGCGCGGCGAGGAGCGGCUGCGCUCCUGUCACCUGUGCAACGCGUCCGACCCCAAGAAGGCGCACCCGCCCGCCUUCCUCACCGACCUCAACAACCCGCACAACCUGACGUGCUGGCAGUCCGAGAACUACCUGCAGUUCCCGCACAACGUCACGCUCACGCUGUCGCUCGGCAAGAAGUUCGAGGUGACCUACGUGAGCCUGCAGUUCUGCUCGCCGCGGCCCGAGUCCAUGGCCAUCUACAAGUCCAUGGACUAUGGGCGCACGUGGGUGCCCUUCCAGUUCUACUCCACGCAGUGCCGCAAGAUGUAUAACCGGCCGCACCGCGCGCCCAUCACCAAGCAGAACGAACAGGAGGCAGUGUGCACCGACUCGCACACCGACAUGCGGCCGCUUUCGGGCGGCCUCAUCGCCUUCAGCACGCUGGACGGGCGGCCCUCGGCGCACGACUUCGACAACUCGCCGGUGCUGCAGGACUGGGUCACGGCCACCGACAUCCGCGUCGCCUUCAGCCGCCUGCACACGUUCGGCGACGAGAACGAGGACGACUCGGAGCUGGCGCGCGACUCGUACUUCUACGCCGUGUCCGACCUGCAGGUGGGCGGCCGCUGCAAGUGCAACGGCCACGCGGCCCGCUGCGUGCGCGACCGCGACGGCGGCCUGGUGUGCGACUGCCGGCACAACACGGCCGGCCCGGAAUGCGACCGCUGCAAGCCCUUCCACUACGACCGGCCCUGGCAGCGCGCCACGGCCCGGGAGGCCAACGAGUGCGUGGCCUGCAACUGCAACCUGCACGCGCGGCGCUGCCGCUUCAACAUGGAGCUCUACAAGCUUUCGGGGCGCAAGAGCGGGGGCGUCUGCCUGAACUGCCGCCACAACACCGCCGGCCGCCAUUGCCACUACUGCAAGGAGGGCUACUACCGCGACAUGGGCAAGCCCAUCACCCACCGGAAGGCCUGCAGAGCCUGUGAUUGCCACCCCGUGGGAGCCGCCGGCAAAACCUGCAACCAGACCACCGGGCAGUGCCCCUGCAAAGACGGCGUGACGGGCAUCACCUGCAACCGCUGUGCCAAGGGCUACCAGCAGAGCCGCUCCCCCAUCGCCCCCUGCAUCAAGAUCCCUGUGGCCCCGCCCACCACUGCGGCCAGCAGCGUGGAGGAGCCUGAAGACUGCGACUCCUACUGCAAGGCCUCCAAAGGGAAGCUGAAGAUUAACAUGAAAAAGUACUGCAAGAAGGACUAUGCCGUCCAGAUCAACGUCCUGAAGGCGGACAAGGCAGGGGACUGGUGGAAGUUCACGGUGAACAUCAUCUCGGUAUACAAGCAGGGCGCCAGUCGCAUCCGCCGCGGUGAACAGAGCCUGUGGAUCCGCUCGCGGGACGUCGCCUGCAAGUGCCCUAAGAUCAAGCCCCUCAAGAAGUACCUGCUGCUGGGCAGCGCCGAGGACUCGCCCGACCAGAGCGGCAUCGUGGCCGACAAGAGCAGCCUGGUGAUCCAGUGGCGGGACACGUGGGCGCGGCGGCUGCGCAAGUUCCAGCAGCGCGAGAAGAAGGGCAAGUGCAAGAAGGCCUAGCGCGCCGGGCGCGAGCGCGCGGACUGGGCCCGCGAGGGCGUUCCCACGUGGGGGGAUGGGGGCGGGGCCGCGCCGGGCGGGGCCCUCGGCGGCCCCACCCCUAGCCCCCGGCCCCCGCGCCCCAGGCCGGAGCCGCGUGCACGCUUGCGCGGUCAGGGGCGCCGCAGGCCAGGCCCUGGAGAAAGAGGGCGAGACGUAGCUACCUCACAGGGCGCCUCCCAGAGCACAGACGCGCCUCCCGGGGCGAGGUGGGGUCACCGUGGAGGGGCGGCCGAAGAUGCAGGUCGCUGAUGGGUCACGGAGCAGGAGCCGGGGAGGAGAGCUGUGAAUUCUGGUGGGGGCGCUAAGCGAGCCCAGCACCAAUGCCCCGCCUUUCUCUCUCGAGGAAUCCCGGCUGGACACAGGGCUGCGGCGACCUGGGCACACCCCCCCUCCCCCCAUGUGGCCUCUGGUCUCCGCUGGCACCUGCUGGCUUGGUCCUCUGGGGUGGGGUCCCAGGGUCUGGGUGGGGGGUUCAUCUCCCAUGGGCAGAGGAAAGGAGGCUCUGGUGGUGCCUGGGGUCUGGCUCACCCAGGAGGCGGGCACUGGGCCCAAGGACACCCCUGAGGAGCCCAAGCCGGGUGGUCACGGCCUCGUGCCGCAGCCGCCUGUUGGAUGAGGCACUGCGCAGGCAAAACCUCCCAGAGCGUUUCCUUUCUGGAAACUUGGAAGCAGCCCCUUCUAUGACACGCUUCCAGGGGAGGGGGCAGUGACACUGUUUGUGCAAUGACAUCAGCCCCCGCAGGGGCCCCCGAGCAGUGUCAACAGCUGGCAAGGGCCUGGCUGGGGGCUGAGGGUUCGCUGGCAGGCGGGGACGGGGGGGGGGGGGGGGGGGCACGGCCAGCUUCCUGGCCGCCACGGCAGCCAUGACCACUUCCUCUUGCUGCCCUCCCUCGGCGGGCCCCUGGCCCUUGGAGCUGAUGCACCGCAGCCUGGGCAGCUCCUGGGCCAUCGUCUCUGGCUCCGGGGCCCUGCGCAGUGCUGGCCUGUGCCUCCCAGAGCUGGGUGCAGACCCCAUCCCCCGGGGCCGGCGUGCCCGACUCCGGCCGCUCCCGUGUUCCCGAAGCUGAUGCCGAAUGCCAGGCCUGGCUUCCCUGUCAGGCAGGGCACCGGUUUCAUUUUCCCUGCCAGUGUUUGGCUGCUCGCAAGGGUCUCCCCAGGCGCGGAGCUCGGCCUCUCUUUCUGGCUCCCCAGUGCCCCUCCCCCGCCUUCCCGCCCAUGUCACGGCUGCCACUUACUGAGCCCCUGCUGUGUGCCAGGCACUUUACCCACCUGCUCCCGACGUGUCCUCGUGACAGCCCUGGGGGCCGGGGAUCCUCUCCCACCUUCUCCGGUGCAGACACUGGAGUCCACGUGUCCAGCGGCCAUGCUGCCCCGGGCUGCACUCUGCCCUGGCCACUGCUACUGCCACUUCAGGGUGACGACGCCAAGAAUGGUGGGCGAAGCAGGGAGGGGACCUGCAAGAGAGAGGCCAGGUUCCUGGAAAGAGGUCUCACUGCUCCCCAGAGGCCCUAGAAUGGUGGGGGCCAGAGGGAGUCCAGGAGGGACUGGCAGAGAGGCCGCAGGCUGCCCUGGGGGGAGGGGUGGCCGUGAUGCUGCCCGGUGGCUUCCCCACCUGUGCAGAGGGGUGUGGCAGCCCUGCCACAUCCUUCCUGGGGUCUGAGCCUCACGCUGCCCUGUGAGGGGUGUGCACUGGUGGUCUCUGAGGACCCCUCCCCCCACGCUCGGCAGUGGACAUCUUCCUGCAAACCCAGCCUGCCUCCCGCCUCACCCUCCUGGUCAUGGCCUGGACCCCCGGUCGUGUGCCAGGGCGGGGAAGAAGCCACCAUGGGAGGGCCCCUGCCAGACCCCACGGCUCCUCCGGUCCCGCCCCUGCCCUCACCCAGGGAGGAGACGGAACCAGGAACGGAGGCGGUGCAGUUUGUACAGUUAGGAAGGGGUGUACAACGGAACUAGGUUUUGAUUUGAGUUUUGAAGAGUGUAUUAACCAGAGUUGUGACAUGUAGGUGUUUGAAGAAGAAAAAACAUACCAGGUUAGUCUUUUUGUUGUUGUUAAACAGAUUCGCCAGUUGGCCUUUCUCCCCCGGCUGGGCGCCCUGGUGUCCCCGAGAGCCGAGUGCCUGCCUCGCUGACACGCAGUGAGGCCGGAGGGACGCGGGGGAGGCAGGCCUAGGGCCAAGGCCCUCAGUGACCUCCGGGAACCCUGCCUCCGCAGUUGCACGCAGGAAAUGGGUAUAGCCCGGGGUGGACGGAGACCCUGAGGGACUGGGAACCCGAUGUAGGGUCUCCAUACCCGAUGGAAGCCACCCUCGAAACCCAGGCGCACGAGACUCACCGACGGGGGCCACAGCUCACGGACAGGCACUCCCGAGGGGUAGUCACAUGUGUCCCACUCCGCGCGUCACUGGGCCUCCCUGCCCCCAGACCUCCCACCACUCCCUCCCGUGUUUCGCAUUUCUGUUCACUCAGAAUUGUAAAUGUUUAGUUGUGACCAUGACAUAUUGUUUGGGUCAGCGUUCCUUUCCAAUGCAUACUAAUAUAUUAUGGUUAUUAUAUAUGAAUAUAUUUAAUGACAUGGAGAAAGUCGUGGAAUUGUGUUUUCUAAGGUUUUCUGUUAGAGCUGUAAUGGACCCAGAUGGAACUUGUAACGUGGACCCCACGUGAUAGAACUAAAUUCAGAUAUCAUUAAAUAAACUCUUGUACACUG